CUCUGGAUGAUGAAUCUAGUUUCUGAUUUGAGAUCCACACUCUAGUCUACAUACACCAUAGGAAUGAAGAGUGCAGCCGUGCUUUGCGUUGUGCUGCUUUUCCUGACACUUGUUGAUGUGGAUGCACAGAAGGGAAAAGGAAAAGGUAAAGGUAAGGGUAAGGGUAACGGAGGUGAUGAAGGCGCAGCUGAAGAAGCAGGAGGUGAGGGAUCUGGUGCAGGUGGUCCAGAACCUAGUGAAGUAGAGGCAGGAGGACCAGGAGGGGAAGGAUCUGGUGCAGGUGGUCCAGGAGGUGAUGAUGCAGGUGGACCAGAAGGGGAAGGUUCUGGAGCAGGUGGUCCAGGUGGUGAAGAUGCAGCACCUCCGGGUGAUGAUGCAGGACCAGGAGGUGAUAAUGCAGCACCUGAAGGGAAUGAUGCAGGGCCAGGUGAUGAUGCAGCAGGAUCUGACGGUAAUCGUUCAGGACCAGGAGGUGAUGAAGCAGGACCUGAAGGAAAUGGUGCAGGAGCAGGAGGUGAAAAUGUAGGGAUUAUUAAUGAUGAUGCUCACUUUGAUAGAUUGAUUGAAAAGGUCAACUUGUUAUCAAAGGAGUACAAUAACUUUAUCGAAAACUACAUUGAAAGUUUCAAUAUGCAAGUUAAACAAAAAGCAGUUGAUGAUGAGAAGAAAAAUAUUGCUCGAAGAAGAAGAAGGAAGCAUUAAACAAACCAACACUGCUGCAAGAAACAAUGUUUUGUCAAAAUAAAGAUAAUUUUAAAAAUAAAGAUAUUCAACAAAAGUUAA